AUUUCGAAAUGGAGGGACUAGUAUACUAGUAUAUAAUCAACAUUUAUUCAACAAGUUUUCAUAUAAAAUAAAGUUCCUUCAAGUGAGGUUGGUAAAAGCAGCCAUCCUCAAAUGAAUUUGCCCAUUCUCCUGCGCACCCCAGCACCUGUCCUUCCUCCUCUCAAGUGUACAGCAUUUAUCUCUAGAAACGUAAGUACUGAUCAGUAUGCUAUAUGGGGCCAAAACUUGAAUUUUUCCAUCAAAACCAAGCAAGGUGGAACCUUGCCAAUCCUUAAGAAUUGCUCAAUUCAGAUACCUUCUGGCCAAUUAUGGAUGCUUCUUGGACCUAAUGGGUGUGGCAAAUCUACCCUUCUGAAGAUAUUGGCUGGCCUCUUGAAAACAACUGAUGGGAGUGUUUAUGUUAAGAAGCCAAAAAGCUUUGUCUUUCAGAACCCAGAUCAUCAGGUAGUGAUGCCUACUGUGGAAGCUGAUGUUGCAUUUGGUCUUGGUAAAUUUGAUUUGACCUACGAAGAAGUUAAAUCAAGAGUUGGGAAAGCUUUGGAUGCUGUGGGCAUGUCCGAAUAUUCACAAAGGCCAGUUCAAACUCUUAGUGGUGGACAGAAACAGAGGGUUGCAAUCGCAGGAGCAUUAGCUGAAGCAUGCAAAGUACUGUUGUUGGACGAGCUCACAACAUUUCUGGAUGAAAGUGAUCAGAUUGGAGUUGUAAAAGCAGUGAAGAAUUCCCUGACAAGCUCCGGAGAAGUAACGGCAUUGUGGGUAACCCAUCGUUUGGAAGAACUUGAAUAUGCAGAUGGUGCAGUAUACAUGGAAGAUGGGAGAGUUGUGAUGGAUGGUGAUCCUUCUUCAAUCUUGGAUUUUAUUAAUAGACAGCAAGCCUUGUACAUUAAUCAAAUAAAUUCCUGAUUGGCACUCCGUACAUGUUAGAUUGAUUGCGUUGUAGACUUGCAGUAGUGUUGUCCGUUUCUACGUGUCUAAUAUCUACGGUGUUUUGCUGCUGGUAUUAACAAAUGUAUUGCACAUUGCUUUUGAGAACAAAAAGAUGAUUUUUCGUUUAAAA